GGGAAGCCUACCUAUGACAGGUGGGAGGGAGAACCUCAGACCUGCCUUGUGCUGCUCGGCUGCCCUCCUCACACACCUCAUACAAAGCUCAGGUAUUCUGCUCUACGCCGAACCCAUCGCCCGGACAUGGCUGAAUUCCCUGCCAAAGUCAGCACACAGACCAGCACGGCGGACGCUGCCGGCCAUGGAAUCAGAUUCUUCCUACGGCCGGACAUGGCCUUCCUCAAGUCCAUCCCGGCCAUCCUCAUGGUUGUUGAGCUUGUGUUUGGUCUGCUGGUCUGGGCGUUGGUGGCGGACAGUCAUUAUUGGGCGGUCCCCGCGUACGGCUGGGUGAUGUUCGUGGCCCUCUUCUGCUGGCUGGUGACCCUCAUCCUCUUCGUCCUCCUCAUCUUCCAGAUACACAAGAGACUCUCCGUUAUUCCCUGGCCGAUGGCGAUAUUCAUCUAUCAUGCCGCAGCCACUGUCCUCUAUGUGACCGGAUUCAUCACCUGCGCCGCCUCCACAAAAGUGAAUGCCUCAACCAACGACUUCAACAAGAGAGCCGCCGCCUCGUUCUUUGCCUGCCUGGUGAUGAUCGCCUAUGGCGCAAGCACCUUCUUCAGUUUCACCGACUGGCGAGGUCCCGGAUCGAACGCAGCUUCUGCUCAAGCCUGAUCAUCUUCUCCUGCAGACCCCAUGUGUAUAUAUAUAUUUUUUCUAUAAAAAAAAAAAAUAUUGACGCAAACGAACUUUAACCCGACAUCUCGCUCGUGAAUCUGAACGCCACCAGGAAGUUUGACGGAACAAUCGAGAAAUCGGACAAAGUCUGAAUAUGCAGCUUCUAGCCCAAUGGCGUUCCGGAUCGGGGAGUGUGAUGGGAGCCCAGAUUGUAAAGAUUUUAUUUAUAAUGGUUGUCGGCUCACAUUUAACAGGUUUCUACAUAUAGCUCAAUUUCCUCAGGACAUAAUCAAAUUUUACUGAUGGUCAUGUAAAAUGCUUGCCUUUAAUUAGAUAUUUAUUUCCAUACACUAUUAUUAUAUUAUUGGACUUUCAUACAUGAGACGUACAGAACUCGAACCUUCUAGGCCGGCCUCUCAAUGUUUUUUUUACCCCAGGGGAAAUAAAUCUUGGGUGUCAGGGAAGAAAUCCAUUAGGGGGUCAGUAGGAAGAAUGCCCCUUACAUUGGUGGUAGGAAUACCACCCUUACAGACUGUCACUAUGCAGGCACCAUCAGAUGGGAGAUCAGUCAACCAUAAUUCGAAGAACCCCCAGUAACCUCGGGAGGAACCCUAGGGGGGGUUCCCUGGAACUUAUAUUGGGAAUGUUUGAUCAGAAAGAUCCCCAGUGUCAUGUUUUUGGUUCUACCAAGUGGUGUUGGCUCAAGGACUAUGAAGGCACCAUUAGAUAGGAGGUCAAUCAGCCACAGAUCAAUGUACCCCCAAAAACCUCUGGAGAAACCUUAGGGUUCCUUGGAACUCUGGUUGAGAAUGGCUGAUCAAAAAGGCCAUUGGUGCCGUGCUACUGGUUCUGCCAAAUGAUGUUGGCCCCAAAUUACUAUGCAGGCACCAUAAGGUAGGAGGUCAAUCAACCACAGUUCAAAGAACCUCUAGCGAUUUCCAAGGAACGCUAGGCUUACUCUAGUAGUAGCUAGACCUAGCGUAAGCCUAGCGUUCCUUGGAAUUCUUAUUGGGAAUGGCUUAUCAUAAAGAACAUUGGUGUUAUGCUUCUGGUUCUGCCAAGUGGUGUUGGCCCCGGAAUGAUGCAGGCUCCAUCGCAUGCGAAGCCAAUCAGCCACUGCUCAACGUGCCCACGACAACCUCUGGUGAAACCCUAGGGUUCCUUGGAACUCUAGUUGAGAAUGGGCUGAUCAAAAAGACCAUUGGUGCCAUGCUGCUGGUUCUGCCAAGUGAUGCUGGUCCCAGAACUAGGCAGACACCAUCAGAUAGAAGGUUAGUCAACAACAGUUCAUAGAACCCCUAGUAACCUCUGGAGGAACUCUGCAGAUCCUCGGAAAUGGCUGAUCAGAAAGAUCCCCAGGGUCAUGUUUCUGCUUCUACUACGUGGUGUUGGCCCAAUGACUAUGAAGGCACCAUCAGAUGUGAGGGCAGUCAGCCACAGCUCAGGGUACCCAUAACAACCUCUAAACAAACCCUAGGGUCCGUGGAACUCUGGUUGAGAAUGGCUGAUCAAAAAGAUCAUUGGUGCCGUGCUACUGGUUUUGUAAAGUGAUGUUGGACCCGAAACUAUGCAGGUACCAUCAGAUGGGAGGUCAGUCACAGCACAAGGAACCACUAGUAACCUCUGGAGGAACCCUGGGGGGUUCCUUGGAACUCUCAUUGGGAAUGGCUGAUCAGAAAGAAAACUGGUGCCAUGUUUCUGGUUCUUCUAAGUGGUGUUGGCCCAAGGAAGGCACCAUUAGACGAGAGGUCAAUCAGCCACGGCUCCAGUACCCAUAACCUCUGCAAGAACCCUUGGGUUCCAUAGAACUCUGCUUGAGAAUGGUUGUUCUGGAGCAGGGGUCCCCAAACUACGGCCCUCCAGUUGUUUUGAAUAGGGUGCUGUUGCACUACGAUUGAACACCAUGAUGGACUUUACCUUAGUUUCUAUAGUACCGUCAUCGCACCCCAUACUGGGCUUUGCCUUAGAAGGGUGCCGUAGCACUGUACAGAGUCAUAGGAAGACACAAACACAUCACCUUCUUCUGGAAUUAAAGUGAUAUUUUGAAUGUACUGUGGUGGUGGAAAUCCCGAUCCAGUGCAGCAUGUGGGAGGUGUGCCAAGCUUCACCCCUCCCCCCAGAGUCAAUGACUCCACCCCUCGAUAAGAUGACAUUUUAUUCCCGGUAUCUCCUAAUCCCGUAUAAAUGUUUUCUAAAUAAUCCAUUGUGUGUUUUAUUAACUAAAAAGUUUAGAGAUCAUUUUUA